AUGUCAGCAAAAGACCAAAUCCAGGCGCAAAACUACCGCGAGGAGGCUGACACCUUCGGAAUCCUUCAAGUGCCCGCCGACAGAUACUGGGGUGCCCAGACUCAACGUUCCCUGCAAAACUUUGAUAUUGGUGGCGUGACAGAGCGCAUGCCCGAACCCUUGAUCAAGGCUUUCGGUAUCUUGAAGCGCGCCGCUGCUCAGGUCAACAUGACCUACGGUCUCGAUCCCAAUGUCGGCUAUGCUAUCUUCAAGGCUGCCAAUGAAGUCAUUGAGGGCAAGCUCUUCGACCACUUCCCCCUAGUCAUCUGGCAGACCGGCUCUGGCACUCAGACCAACAUGAACGUUAACGAGGUCAUCUCCAACCGCGCCAUUGAGCUCUUGGGAGGCGAGCUCGGGUCCAAGAAGCCUGUCCACCCCAACGACCACGUCAACAUGUCCCAGUCCUCCAAUGACACCUUCCCCACCGCCAUGCAUGUCGCUGCCGCGAUCGAGAUCAAUCAGCAACUCAUCCCUGCCAUCACGCUCCUCCGUGACGCAAUUCAGGCCAAGAGCGACGAGUUCAAGGACAUUAUCAAGAUCGGUCGCACUCACUUGCAGGAUGCUACUCCCUUGACUCUUGGACAAGAAUUCUCGGGAUACGUUCAGCAGCUCACCUAUGGCAUUGCCCGUGUCCAAGCGACCCUUCCUCGUCUCUACAACCUUGCCCAAGGAGGUACCGCCGUUGGCACUGGCUUGAACACACGCGAAGGCUUUGAUGUUAAGGUCGCCGAGGUGAUUGCAAAGAUUACCCAUCUCCCCUUCAAGACCGCCCCCAACAAGUUUGAAGCCCUGGCCGCCCACGACGCCAUUGUUGAAUCCCACGGUUCGCUCAACGUCCUUGCCGUCUCACUGAUGAAGAUCGCCAACGAUAUUCGCUUCUUGGGCUCUGGCCCCCGUUGCGGUCUCGGAGAGUUGAACUUGCCCGAGAACGAGCCCGGUUCGUCAAUCAUGCCCGGAAAGGUCAACCCCACCCAAUGUGAGGCCAUGACCAUGGUUUGUGCCCAAGUCAUGGGCAACAACACCACCAUCUCUAUCGCAGGCUCUAAUGGUCACUUUGAAUUGAACGUCUUCAAACCUGUGAUGAUCAAGAGCAUGAUCCAGUCCAUCCGUCUUCUUUCUGAUGCCUGUGUCUCCUUCACCAAGAACUGUGUUGUUGGAAUUGAGGCCAAUGAGAAGAAGAUCAAUGCGAUCAUGAACGAGUCCUUGAUGCUCGUCACCGCUUUGAACCCUCAUAUUGGGUACGAUAACGCCGCCAAGUGCGCCAAGAAGGCACACAAGGAAGGGACCACUCUGAUGGAGGCUGCUAUUUCAUUGGGACUUUUGAACGAGGACCAGUUCAAGGAAUGGGUCCGCCCUGAACUCAUGCUGGGACCCACAAAGUCCGCCCAAUGA